UGGGUGUUAUUGGUUUUGGUUAGGGAUUACUUGUAGGGUGUUAGUGGUUUGGUAUGAGAUUUUGGUUUGUAGUUACUUGUAGGAGUUACUCAAAAUACAAGUGUCACAUACAAGUAACCCAUACAAGUAACUUCAUAAUACAAGUAACACCAUAAAAGUAAUUCAUAUAAGUAACCCCAGAAUACAAGUAACCCUAAAAUACAAGUAACCUCUGCCGCACCAUGUGGCUUGCUGCACUGAAAAACCUCUGAUCCAAAAUAGAUGUGGCUCGAAAUCAUGCACGGUACAAUACAGUGUAUCCACAAGAAAUUUAUUUUUGGGAUGGAAAUGGUGUAUAGGAGUUUGUCCAACUACUACUCUAGAUCUUGAUUAUAAAUUUUCACUAAAUUUCUUGUCCAAAAAUAAUAUCCAUAAUUUAAAAUUCUAGCUACUAAUAAAAUAUCAAUGGAGUAUUACAUUAUUGUUACAUUACUCCUUACCAUCGUUUACAUUACGUUCAUAUAUAAGACGUUUAGCAAAUCAAAAGUGAUCAACCCUCCAGGGCCAAGACCAUGGCCUAUCAUAGGCAACAUGCUUCUUCUCGACGACAAGCCUCAUCGUGUAGUCGCCAAGCUCUCAAGAAUUUACGGCCCCAUAAUGUCUCUUAAGCUUGGGAGCCUCACUACAAUAGUGAUAUCAUCCCCGGAAAUAGCCAAAGAAAUGUUCGUUAAACACGACUUAGAUUUUUCUAGUAGGAUUGUGCAAGAUGCUGUGAGGGCCUUAAACCAUGAAAAAGUCUCUUUGGUUUGGCUCCCGGUAAGCCCUAAAUGGCGCGAGAUUAGGAAGAUUUUAGCCCUUCAAUUAUUCACAACACAUCGGCUUAAUGAGAGCCAGGAUAUACGGCAUAAGAAGGUGAAAGAGCUAGUUGAUUAUGUGCAACAAUGUUGUGAAGCCGGCCAAGCUGUUGAUAUUGGUAAGGCAGGAUUCACAACCGUGCUUAAUUUGUUGUCCAACACAUUUUUCUCGAUGGAUUUUGCUAGCCAUUCUUCGUCGGGCUUGCAAGAGUUUAAGGAGCUUGUACGGCAUUUCAUGGAAGAGAUUGGAAGGCCUAAUGUUUCGGAUUUUUUCCCAUUAAUUAGGUGGUUGGAUUUGCAAGGGGUAUUGAAGAGAAGUAGGCGAAACUAUACUAAAUCUUUGGAUAUAUUUCAGAAAAUUAUUGAUGAAAGAUUAAGAGAUCCAAAUGCUCCUAAAGAUGAUGUCCUUGCUACUCUACUCAAACUCAUCAAGGAUAAUAAUUUGAGCCUUGAUGAAGUAAAACAUUUGCUAGUGGACUUGUUUGCAGCGGGGACUGAUACGACUUCCAGUACAUUGGAGUGGGCAAUGACUGAGUUACUACGUAAUCCAGAAAAGAUGGCAAAAGCACAAAUUGAAAUAGAUCAAAUUAUUGGAAAAAAUGGAACCAUUCAAGAAUCAGAAAUCUUAAAAUUACCUUAUAUUCAAGCAAUUGUAAAGGAAACUUUUAGAUUGCACCCACCAGCCCCAUUUUUAGUACCCCAUAAGGCUAAUAAUAAUGUAGAAAUAUGUGGCUGUUUUGUACCAAAAAAUGCACAAAUAUGGGUGAACGUGUGGUCCAUUGGGCGCGAUCCUAGUGUAUGGCCAAACCCACUUGUGUUUUCACCUGAAAGAUUUUUGGAAAGGGAAACAGAUGUAAAAGGUGGAGAUUUUGAACUUAUACCUUUCGGAGCAGGAAGAAGGAUAUGUCCCGGGAUGCCAUUGGCUAAUAGAAUGGUACAUCUAAUGUUGGCUAUUCUUCUUCAAUCAUUCAAUUGGAAAUUUCACGGCGAAGUGAGUUCAAUUGAUAUAGAUAUGGAAGAAAAGUUUGGUUUAACACUUCAAAAAGCUAAACCACUUGAAGCAAUUCCUUCUCCUAGGUGAUCACAUCAUUUCCUCUCUAAAUUAAUGUAUUAAAAAAGGAAUGAUAAAAAUAGUUUGCAAUGGUUUUAUAAAAAUGGUUUAAACAAACGUCAAUAAUUAUUAUUGUUGAUGAUAUAUAAUAUGGAGCAUUAAUAAAAUGUAACGUGCUAUCUAAUGUCAUUGUAUGAUUGUAUCCUUAUUUUAUUGCUUAAGAUAUAUAAUUCAAUAAGUUCAUCAACACAUUAUUAUAUAUAGUAUCAGAUCUUAUCAUCUUAACAAUUUUUUUAUUUUUUUUUAAAUUAUAAAGUAAUGAACAUUAACUAUCUAAUCAAAGUGACAUUAUUUUGAAUCUCAUCAUUCUUCAUUGAAAUGUGACAUGCUCCAUAAUAAAAUCAUACCAAUGGAAUUUUACACAAUACUACUCCAAUUGCUACCCUUCGUCAUUAUUCUAGCAUUCUUCCUAUCAAAACACAAAAAAAA